CCCUCCCUGCUUAGCCUGCCUCGGCUUGCCUCCACCUGGGAAAGAUACCCAGGAGUGAAAGCGAGGGAAGGGUUUUGUUGACCUCAGAAUGCUCCACUCCACCUUGGGAGACUCUCCUUUCUUCUGAACAAGAACUGGCAGAAGAAACUUUGGGGGAAGAAAGGGCUGCCAUUUCUCUUUACCCAAAAGCUCUUGUUGCUGGAUUCUGAAAGCUGUUUGAAUCUCCUGGAGACUCAGUUGCCUACCUGGCACAGAGGAGCAAUUGUUUUGGUGGAGGAAAGGGGUUAUUUAAGGACCCUCGGGGAUUGAGGGGCAGGUCCUGCUUAAAGAAGAGACUUCAAGGGUACUCUUGCCUCAUUUCACCUGCAGAGGUGCUCUGAGCAAGCUUGAGGAUUUCUCCCCCAGGGUACUUGGAAGCUGCAUCUUUCUUGCUGUGACAUCAGGAAGAAACUUUGCCCACCAAAAUGUCCAAAGUGGCGGCUUCCGGUGGAGCUGGAACCCCAGCAACACCAGAGAGUUGUGGGGCAGGGCUGGCUGAAGACCUCUCUAAGGUGUCUGAUGAGGACCUGCUGAAAUGGAGCAAAGAAGAUCUCAUUCGUAGCCUUCGUAAAGCUGAGUCAGAGAAAGUGAGUGCCAUGCUGGAUCACAGCAACCUCAUCCGGGAGGUCAACCGCCGCCUGCAGCUCCACCUGGGCGAGAUCAGGGGACUUAAGGACAUUAAUCAGAAAUUGCAGGAAGACAACCAGGAGCUGCGAGACCUUUGUUGCUUCUUGGAUGAUGACCGGCAGAAAGGCAAAAAAGUAUCCCGUGAAUGGCAAAGGCUUGGGAGGUAUAGUGCCAGCAUGAUGCAUAAAGAGGUUGCCUUAUAUUUGCAAAAGCUGAAGGAACUGGAAGUAAGGCAGGAAGAAGUGGUGAAGGAAAAUUUGGAACUGAAGGAGCUUUGUGUCUUGUUGGAUGAAGAAAAGGGUGGUGUUGCUGGCUGCCGAAAUUCAAUUGAUAGUCAAGCCAGUCUUUGCCAAUUAAAUGCCACAAGUACAUUUAUAAGGGAUGUUGGAGAUGGGAGUAGUACCUCCAGUACUGGGAGCACUGAUAGUCCUGAUCACCAUAAGCACCAUUCAAGCUCAAGUCCUGAGCACCUUCAGAAAACAAGGAGUGAGGGAAGUCCUGAGCAUCAAAAGCACCAGAGUGCUAGCCCUGACCACCUUCACAAACCUCGAAGUUCUGGAAGUCCUGACCACCAGAAGCAUCUUAAAGGACCAAGUCCAGAGCAUCAUAAAACCUUAACCAAAGGUACUUCAGAGCAGCAGAAGCACAGUUGUAGCAGUCCAGAAACACUGCCAAAGCACAUGUUGAGUGGGAGCCCAGAACUCUUUCAAAAGCAUAGGCCUGGGAACAGUCCAGAACACCAAAAGCACAGCAGCAGUGGAAGCCCUGAACUUCUUCAAAAGCAUGCUCUGAGCGGAAGCUCAGAACACCUUCCAAAAGUGAGAGGCACAAGUCCUGAGCAUCUCAAGCAGCAUUAUGGGGGAAGUCCUGAGCACCUCAAACAUUUGGGCAAUGGUAGCAGAGAAGGUACUUUAAGGAGACAAGUUGCAGAUGAUCAGUCACCCCAUCAUAGGGGUCUCUACAAUGGGAUGAAUGAAUCAACCUUGUCCUAUGUUAGGCAGCUGGAAGCAAGAGUAAGACAGCUGGAGGAGGAAAAUCGCAUGCUGCCCCAGGAUCCCAUUAGGAUGCCAUCAGAGGCAGAUGGGAAUGUCUGUUCUCCGAGCCAUCCAGCUAGCUUCAAUGAACAGGCCUCCUUAUCUUCUCAGCAGCCUGAAGCGAUGGUUAAUGCCCUCAAGGUUGUGUGGAGGAAACUUGGAGAUGCUGCAGGCUCGUGUCCUGGAAUUAGACAUCACUUGUCUGGAAGCCAGUACAAAGGGCCAAUGUGAAUGGCUGUCAAAACGAAGAAGGAUUCCAAGUAUCAGUGGACGUCACAGCAACCCUUUUAGUAGUAAUGAGACAAUGCCAAACACUUUCUUGGCUACACUGGAAAAUAGAACAGUCUUUUUCUCCAUAUACUUUUAUGUGAUGUAUCCAGAUCUGUAACUAAUAUACACAAUUCUGCUUUUGCCACAAGCAUUUUCAACACAUGAACAUACACACACACAAAGUUAGAUAUAUAUAUAUACAGGAGGGUAUAGCUAACAAUCAUCAAGGUUGUUCACAUUACUCCAGAUGGAAAACACUCAGAAAAAGUGCUUUUGUAAAAAACAAAAUAAAACAAGAAAAGGCAAAAAAUUAAGUAGAUGAUGAGAUUCCAGUGAACUGUGCUCUUGGUCUUCACAGUUUGAAAAAAAAAAGUCUUGCA